AUGGAUGUCAACAAUCUAUUCAGCGUCAAGGGCAAAGUCGUGCUCGUCACCGGAGGCGCCAAAGGCAUCGGCCGCAUGAUCGCCCAAGGCUUCGUCGAGAACGGCGCCAAGGUCUACCUCACCGGCCGCGACGCUCCCGCCUGCUCCUCUGCCGCCGCCGACCUCACGUCGCUCGCGCGCAACGGCGGCUCCGCGCACGCGCUGCCCGGCGACCUGCAGGACCUCGCGCAGGUGCAGGACCUGGUGCGCCGCCUGACGGCCCUCGAGCCGGCCGGGCUGCACGUGCUGGUCAACAACGCCGGCGCGGCCUGGGGCGCCGACAUCGACUCGUUCCCGGACCACGCGUGGAACAAGGUGCUGACGCUCAACCUGCACCGCGUCUUCAGCCUGACGCAGCUGUGCCUGCCGCUGCUCGAAAAGGUCGCCCGCCACGACGACCCGGCCCGCGUCAUCCAUAUCGGCAGCAUCGACGGCAUCCGCGUGCCCACCGUCUCCAACAUCGCCUACGCCGCGAGCAAGGCCGGCCUGCACCACAUGUCGAGCGUGCUGGCCAAGGAGCUGGGCCCGCGCUACAUCACCAGCAACGUGCUGGCGUGCGGGCCGUUUGCGACAAAGAUGAUGCGGGCGACGCUCGACGCGGCCGGCGAGUAUAUUCGGAGCGAGCUGCCGCUGCGGAGGAUUGGCACGCCCGAGGACGUGGCGGGGGCCAGUUUGUUCCUGGCGAGUCGAGCAGGUGCCUUUUGUAACGGUGCUUUAAUUCGCAUCGAUGGAGGCGCAUCUCAUGUGUCAAAGCUAUAAUAUGGUGUAUAGCGUGGCCUGUACUGUUUCUAUUAUUAGAAAAGCGGGCUUGCUUUGUAGGCGCCAUAUAUUAAUCACGUAGAUGAUGAACAAAAAGAAAAGGCCAAGAAAGGAUCAUGUUUGAAGCAUACAGCUGCCUCGUAUAGUUUCAUUACCAUCAAGAUACGGGUAUUUCUAGCUCGUUGUAUAUAAUUUAUAUGCGCGAAAUGAUGGGGGAAGAGAAGGAAGAGGAAAAAAAGGGAAAGGAAAAAAAAAAAAAAAAAGAAGAAAUAACCAAGACAACGUGUCCCUGUACGCAAAAAGCUUCCCCUUCCAAACAGACCAACACCGUCCCAUCCAGCUGAUAGAGCUCCAUUAACCAAAUAAAUGAAAUCUCAAACAUUGAGCGUGUAUAACUUUCUGACGCCUGAUCUCCGAUGCAAAUUAAAAAAAGAUGAAAGGCGAAUAUGUCGCAAGGUAAGAAGAACGGAUUGAGAUUGGUGCCAUGUUUAUCAAGACUGUGCUCGAUUUGAUAGAUGGCAUCGUAUUAUUGCCGCGGCUGACAGGUCAAUGAAGCCACACCCUGGUUGCGAAACUCGUCCGAAAUCCGUUCAAACGUCACGAAAGCUGGCCACCAAUCUCAACGCGCCUGAUGAGGCAUUCUCCAUCAGAUGCCGACAUCCUCAAAGUCGCGCACCAUGACUGCGACCUGCGCUCGCUUGGCAGCCUCGGCGAGGAGGGUAAAGUCCUUCAGGAAGGGCUCGGUGGAAGGGAUCUUGGUCUGGAUGGGGGCAGGGGCCAUGGCGGCGGCUGAGCUGCUGGGAGACGGCCUUGUUGAUGAGGCGGCAGAUGAGGAGGCGACUGUGGAGGAAGAGGGAUCCAUUGGCUGUGAAGUGAGGCGAAGAAAAUGUUAUAGGAGUCGUCGGGAAUAGUAUGAAGAGUUGAUGGUUGGCGGUGUAUUAGACAGCCGGUGGUACAGCGAACGAUGGCGAAUAAUUCGGCUCGAUGAUGAUUUGCUGCAGCUGAGAAUCCGGGGGAUCUGCACUCUUCUUCCCUUUUUGUCUUAAAAAAAAACUCAAAAAAAGGGACAAUCUUGUGGCGACGAUUUCGGAUCUCGAGAUCCAAGGCGGAUAGAAGGCGACGGCUGUUUGUAAAUUCCGGAGAAGACGGUCUUGGACGAAUUCAGCCGGCGCGUGUGCGUAGGUUUGGCUGCUGGUGGGGCUGCUGCAAGCAAAAGGCGUAAAGACCCGAGAUCUGGAACGACCCUUUUCGGUACUUUGAAUAAAGGAGAGAUGGUCGAGAGAUGGAAAGAAUAAUAAAGUAAAGAUGGGCGAUACUUGGAGGG